AAAAGACGAAUGCGCGUGACGAAGAUAAAAACGGCACCGUUGUGAUAUCUCAUAGACAUUGAACUCUGAGAAAAAUAAUAGUCAUUUAAUUUCGAUUUCAGAUAAUAGGUAUUUCCAUAUUCACCCCCGCUGAAUCGUCGAUUUCUGGAAUCCCUUGUUCUUCUGCACUGUCUCAGAUAGAUUCAGAUUCAGAUGUCCUAAAGCGCCUCACAUGGCCACGACAAGGUCACCUAACCAUUUUUCCGAGGAAGGCGCCGAUCCCACGCCGUUCCUCGGCGCCUCUUCCGAUGACUCUAACUCCGGCCGCCGUCUCCUCCGCCGCCCCAGCCUACGCGAGGCGGCGCGCUUCCUUCGGCAGGCGAGCGGACGCCGACUGAUGCGCGAGCCGUCGAUGGUGGUGCGGGAGGCGGCGGCGGAGCAAUUGGAAGAAAGACAGAGCGAUUGGGCCUAUUCGAAGCCCGUCGUAGUCUUGGAUAUUCUUUGGAACUUCGCGUUCGUCGCCGCGGCCGCCACCGUCUUGAUUCUUAGUCGCAACGAGAAUCCGAAUAUGCCCCUGCGGUGUUGGAUUGUAGGCUACGCUAUGCAGUGCGUUCUUCACGUCGGGUGCGUGUGCGUUGAGUACCGGAGGCGCCAGCGACGCCGUGAACAGUCCAGCGCCGCCGUUGCUGUUGGCGGCAGCGGGGAUUUGAGUUCGGCUUCGAUGGAAGGCUCUGGACACUACGUGUCGUUGCCGCAGCUCGAGGACGAUACUAUAAGUAUGGCCAAGCAUUUGGAGUCAGCCAACACAAUGUUUUCAUUCAUUUGGUGGGUUGUUGGAUUCUAUUGGAUAUCAGCUGACAGUGAAGCUCUGGUCCAACAUUCUCCUCUGCUUUACUGGUUAUGUAUAGCCUUCCUGGGUUUUGAUGUUUUCUUUGUCGUUUUCUGCAUUGCACUAGCAUGCAUCAUUGGUAUAGCUGUUUGCUGUUGUCUUCCAUGUAUCAUUGCACUCCUGUAUGCAGUUGCAGACCAGCAGGAAGGGGCAUCAAAAGAGGAUAUUGAGCAAUUGUCAAAGUUCAAGUUCCAGAGAACCGAAAUUAAUGAGAAACUUGCUGGGAAUACACAAGGAACUGCUGGAGGAAUAAUGACUGAAUGCGAUACUGAUUCUCCCAUUGAACAUGUUCUUUCUGACGAGGAUGCGGAAUGUUGCAUCUGUCUUUCUGCUUAUGAUGAUGGCGUUGAACUUAGGCAACUUCCUUGUGGCCACCAUUUUCACUGUUCCUGUGUGGACAAAUGGCUGCAUAUCAAUGCUACUUGCCCCCUGUGCAAGUACAAUAUCUUGAAAAGUACCGGUCACGGUCAAGACGAAGUUUAGUCAGAAAAGUUCUAGCAGCCUGCUGGGGAAAUUGCAUAUCUUUUGGUUUACAGUAUAUUAGGCACAACUUGUUCAUAUAAUCCAAUACAGGCCUUUAUUGUAGUUGCUGCUGCUGCAUACUCUCGUAGUGAUAGUUGUUUCGAUUAUUCUUCGUUUUGAGUGGCUUCUUUCUGGUUAUGUACAUCUGCUCAUUGUAUACAGUAAAUAAUCAUCUCGAGGCAGUUUGGUUGUCAUUUUUUGAAUAUUUUUUAUCAUCACCGUUCUUUGAGAGUAUACUGUCUUUUAUAAACAUAAGUAUGUCUAAGUGUACCAUUUGAUAACGGUAGGUUCAACCUACCACCUUCUUAGUCACUGAUUUUCUGAAUUCAAAUUGAGACUGUUGCAAGUGUUAGAUUAUUUACCACUAUCUCGAUUGGUUGCUGGUUCUAUUGCUGAAGAGCAAGACCAAAUAAUGUGUGACUACAAAGCUGAAUCUGAGGAAGAACUUUUGGUCUUUGAAAAUUUGCAGCUCCUGUUUUUGCUGAAUCACUUGACAGUUCAGAAGUUCGAAUUAUGGUUUUGCGUUCAUCUGAUAUUGGUGGCUUGGUUGUAGUUUUACACAUUCCAAAUAUGGUUCAUAAUGUUUCUUACACAAACAUUCUGGGAGAAAUUCGAAGGGUUUAGGUUUUGACAUCA